GUAUGUUUUCUUCCCAGCGCAAGGCAGCUGGUGUCCUUGGCUUUAUCUAAAACUCUGAGCAAACUAGGAUUGGCUUGGAUGCCUUAGGCAAGAUCCGGGGCAGCUCAUCCCCUGUUGACCGAGAAGUAGGGGGUGGCCCAAUCCGCUUGGGUUCGAAGUGGUUCUUGAUUGCCCAGGUGGAAGAGCCGUGCGGUACCCAGUACAGGGAGUUGGGGACGGCCCAGCGUUAAAGGUUUUGUAGUGCAUCCCUGAGCAUGAGUGCAGAAUGAAGCGCCGUUUGGAUGACCAGGAAUCACCGGUAUAUGCGGCCCAGCAACGUCGGCUCCCUGGUAGCACAGAGGCUUUUCCUCACCAGCACCGGGUGCUCGCCCCUGCCCCUCCUGUGUAUGAAGCUGUGUCCGAGACCAUGCAGUCAGCCACAGGAAUUCAGUACUCUGUAACACCCAGCUAUCAGGUUUCUGCUGUGCCGCAGAGCUCUGGCAGUCAUGGGCCUACCAUAGCAGCGGUUCAUAGCAGCCAUCAUCACCCAACAGCUGUGCAGCCCCACGGAGGCCAGGUGGUCCAGAGUCAUGCUCAUCCAGCCCCACCGGUCGCACCAGUGCAGGGACAGCAGCAAUUUCAGAGGCUCAAGGUGGAGGAUGCGCUGUCCUAUCUUGACCAGGUGAAGCUGCAAUUUGGUAGUCAGCCUCAGGUCUACAAUGAUUUCCUUGACAUCAUGAAGGAAUUUAAAUCCCAGAGCAUCGACACUCCAGGAGUGAUUAGUCGUGUGUCCCAGCUGUUCAAAGGCCACCCUGACCUGAUAAUGGGCUUCAAUACCUUCUUGCCCCCUGGCUACAAGAUUGAGGUGCAAACCAAUGACAUGGUGAAUGUGACAACUCCUGGCCAGGUUCAUCAGAUCCCCACCCAUGGCAUCCAGCCCCAGCCUCAACCACCACCCCAGCAUCCUUCCCAGCCUUCAGCCCAGUCAGCCCCAGCUCCUGCCCAGCCGGCUCCUCAGCCCCCACCUGCCAAAGUCAGCAAGCCUUCCCAACUACAAGCACAUAAUCCAGCCAGUCAGCAGACUCCCCCGCUCCCACCAUAUGCAUCCCCACGUUCUCCACCUGUCCAGCCUCACACACCAGUGACAAUCUCCUUGGGAACGGCCCCAUCCUUGCAGAACAAUCAACCUGUGGAGUUUAAUCAUGCCAUCAACUAUGUUAAUAAGAUCAAGAACAGGUUCCAGGGCCAACCAGAUAUCUACAAAGCGUUCCUAGAGAUUUUGCACACAUAUCAGAAAGAGCAGCGAAAUGCCAAGGAAGCUGGAGGAAACUACACUCCAGCAUUGACUGAGCAGGAGGUCUAUGCCCAGGUGGCUCGUCUUUUUAAAAAUCAGGAAGAUCUGUUGUCAGAGUUUGGACAGUUCCUACCAGAUGCCAACAGCUCUGUGCUUUUAAGCAAAACAACUGCUGAGAAGGUUGAUUCUGUCAGAAAUGACCAUGGAGGCACUGUGAAGAAGCCCCAACUGAACAAUAAGCCACAGAGGCCAAGCCAGAAUGGCUGCCAGAUCCGCAGGCACUCUGGAACAGGAGCCACCCCUCCAGUGAAGAAGAAACCCAAACUGCUCAGCCUAAAGGAUUCUUCUAUGGCAGAUGCCAGCAAGCAUGGUGUAGGAACUGAAUCAUUAUUUUUUGAUAAGGUCCGAAAGGCUCUGCGGAGUGCAGAGGCCUACGAGAAUUUCCUGCGCUGUCUUGUUAUCUUUAACCAGGAGGUGAUCUCUCGGGCUGAGCUUGUGCAGUUAGUCUCUCCUUUCCUGGGGAAAUUCCCUGAACUGUUUAAUUGGUUUAAAAACUUUCUGGGCUAUAAGGAAUCUGUACAUCUGGAAACCUUUCCAAAGGAACGAGCCACAGAGGGCAUUGCCAUGGAGAUAGAUUAUGCCUCUUGUAAACGGUUGGGCUCCAGCUAUCGAGCCCUACCAAAGAGUUACCAGCAGCCCAAGUGUACAGGACGGACUCCUCUCUGUAAAGAGGUUUUAAAUGAUACCUGGGUUUCCUUCCCUUCUUGGUCUGAGGACUCCACCUUUGUUAGUUCUAAGAAAACUCAGUAUGAAGAACAUAUCUAUCGUUGUGAAGAUGAACGCUUUGAGCUUGAUGUAGUUUUAGAGACCAAUCUGGCAACAAUCCGGGUUCUGGAAGCAAUACAGAAGAAGCUUUCCCGCUUGUCUGCUGAGGAACAAGCCAAAUUUCGCCUGGACAACACACUUGGGGGCACAUCAGAAGUCAUUCAUCGAAAAGCCCUCCAGAGGAUAUAUGCUGACAAAGCGGCUGAUAUCAUUGAUGGGCUGAGGAAGAACCCCUCCAUUGCUGUCCCAAUUGUCCUUAAAAGGUUGAAGAUGAAAGAGGAAGAAUGGCGAGAAGCUCAGAGAGGCUUUAACAAGGUGUGGAGAGAACAAAAUGAGAAAUACUACUUGAAGUCUCUGGACCACCAGGGCAUCAACUUUAAACAGAAUGACACCAAGGUCCUGAGGUCUAAGAGCUUACUCAAUGAGAUUGAGAGUAUCUAUGAUGAGAGGCAAGAGCAGGCUACAGAAGACAAUGCUGGUGUACCUAUUGGCCCACACCUUUCGCUUGCCUAUGAAGACAAACAGAUCCUGGAAGAUGCCGCUGCUCUGAUUAUCCACCAUGUGAAGAGGCAGACAGGCAUUCAGAAAGAGGACAAGUACAAAAUCAAGCAAAUCAUGCAUCAUUUUAUUCCAGAUCUGCUCUUUGCUCAGAGAGGGGAUCUCUCAGAUGUGGAGGAAGAGGAAGAAGAAGAGAUGGAUGUAGAUGAAGCCACAGGGGCGACUAAGAAGCACAAUGGUGUUGGGGGCAGUCCCCCUAAGUCCAAGCUACUGUUUAGUAACACAGCAGCUCAAAAGUUAAGAGGAAUGGAUGAAGUAUACAACCUCUUCUAUGUUAAUAACAACUGGUAUAUCUUUAUGCGACUACACCAGAUUCUUUGCCUGAGGCUGCUGCGGAUCUGUUCCCAGGCUGAACGGCAAAUUGAAGAAGAAAAUCGAGAGAGGGAGUGGGAACGGGAAGUGCUGGGCAUAAAGCGAGACAAAAGUGACAGCCCUGCCAUCCAGCUACGUCUCAAAGAACCUAUGGAUGUUGAUGUAGAAGAUUAUUACCCAGCUUUCCUGGACAUGGUGCGGAGCCUGCUGGAUGGUAAUAUAGACUCGUCACAGUAUGAAGAUUCGCUGAGAGAGAUGUUCACCAUUCAUGCCUACAUUGCCUUCACCAUGGACAAACUAAUCCAGAGCAUUGUCAGACAGCUGCAGCACAUUGUGAGUGAUGAGAUCUGUGUACAGGUGACUGACCUUUACUUGGCAGAAAACAAUAAUGGGGCCACUGGAGGCCAGCUGAACACACAGACUUCAAGGAGUCUCCUGGAGUCAACAUAUCAGCGGAAGGCUGAGCAACUCAUGUCAGAUGAGAAUUGCUUUAAGCUUAUGUUCAUUCAGAGCCAAGGCCAGGUUCAGCUGACCAUAGAGCUUCUGGACACAGAAGAGGAGAACUCGGAUGACCCUGUGGAAGCAGAGCGCUGGUCAGACUAUGUGGAGCGAUACAUGAAUUCUGAUACUACCUCUCCUGAGCUUCGUGAGCAUCUGGCACGGAAACCAGUAUUUCUCCCAAGGAAUCUGCGGCGGAUCCGGAAGUGUCAGCGUGGUCGAGAACAGCAGGAAAAAGAAGGGAAGGAAGGAAACAGCAAGAAGACCAUGGAGAAUGUGGAUAGCCUGGAUAAGCUGGAGUGUAGAUUCAAGCUAAAUUCCUACAAGAUGGUGUAUGUGAUCAAGUCAGAGGACUACAUGUAUCGGAGGACUGCCUUGCUCCGGGCUCAUCAGUCCCAUGAGCGUGUUAGCAAGCGGCUACAUCAGAGGUUCCAGGCCUGGGUAGAUAAAUGGACCAAGGAGCAUGUGCCCCGUGAAAUGGCAGCGGAGACCAGCAAGUGGCUCAUGGGUGAGGGGCUGGAGGGCCUGGUGCCCUGUACCACCACCUGUGACACAGAGACCCUGCACUUCGUGAGCAUUAACAAGUACCGUGUCAAAUACGGCACAGUAUUUAAAGCCCCAUAACUGCAAAGCCAGAGCAGAUAACUUGAGGGGGGUGGUGUGUGUGAGGGCAUGUGCACUCACACACACUGAAGAAACAAGGAAGAUGCCUUUCAAGCCUCACUGGGCCUCUCUGGGACAUGGCCACCUGAUCUGUGUGUGGCUGGUGCAACCUGGCACCAAGUGGGCUAUAUAUAAGGAACGUGGAUACCUUACAAAGCUGGAGCUGGAACUUUUCCCAAAGGGUUUUGGGUGUUAGCCUGCCCUGGAGGGGGAAGGAAAUGCAUGCAAGCACGGAGACAUGUAGCUUGCUUGCACACACCAGCAGAGCUAGGACUGGAGUCUCCUAGGGCCUGACCUUCAAUGAGGGAAGCGGAUGCUGUUCACAUUUUGACUGGAUGGGCGUGCAUUGACAGACUGGAGAAGGACUCAACGCUCAGAUGGAUUGUAACUCGGACAGUCACUGCUCCUCUCCUGUCCCCCCAAGAGGAAAAAAACUGGAUUUGAUUUUUUUUUUUCCCCCUGGUCACGCGAGCACAUCUAGAUCACCCAUUAGGUUUUCUCUGGGACCUGCAGUUUGGCUUUGGGAUUAACAUCUUGUGGAUUUGAUUCCUGAUGAGUCCUUGCUGCCUACCCUUUACUCUCUCCUCUGGUUCUCAACCUCAACACGUUCAAAUGAGUCGUCCUUUUUAGCUCCCGUGGAACUGUUUUGUACCUGCUUCUUUACUAGUCUACCCUAGUGCCAUCCACCAGCUUUACUCUCUGACACACACACACAAUUUUAACUUGGUUUUUCUUUUUUUUGUAAAUAAUGUACAUACUGUCAAUUUUUUAUUAAAAGAAAUAUGCUUUGAUGUGCUAGCAUAACUGCUCUA